CUUCCAAGGGUAGGUCACAAAAGAUAUUGUGCCUUGCUCUCUCUUGGAUCACUCAUUCUGGGAGAAGCUAGUUGCCAUGUCAUGAAGACACUCAAGUAGCUAUUGAGCAAGGAGCUGAGGCCUUCUGCCAACAGCUGUGUGAGUGCGCCAUCUUGGAAAUAGAUCCUCCAGCCCCAGUCUAGCCUUCGGAUGACUGCAGCCCUGGCCAACAUCAUGACUGCACCUUCAUGAAGGAGACACCCUGAGCCACAACCACCCAGAUAAGCCAAGCUCAGACUCAUGACUCUCACGAAGUGUGAGAUACUAAAUGUUCAUUGUUUUCAGCCGCUAAAUCUUGGGGGAAUUUGUUACACAAUGAUAGAUCUCUAAUGUGGUUGUACUGCACUUGCCUAGGGCCAGUCUCUGCAGCCAGUUCAAUCUUUCUUCACACAAUCACUCAGUCACUCGUUCAGCAACCAUUGGUUACACAGUGCAGUUGGGCACUGGGUCGUCCCUUGAUGAAUAAAAUAGACCCAAAACGCCACUAUGAUGUCAGCUAUAUCCUGGAGGGGGAGAUGUAUAGAAACCACCAAAAGAAAACAUAGUAACAGUGUUUGAAGAAAUAUGGAGAAAAUAAACAGGGAUCAGUGAGCAGGACAGGUAGUGUGACCCCUAGGAAGGGUGAUCAGGGAGCCUUUCUGAGGAAGUUACAUCCAAGGUGAAACCAAGAGGACAAGAAGGGGCAGGCAGUGAGAAGAGCUGGGGGAGGGGUCCAGGGAGCAGCAAAUGCUAAAGCCUGGGGAGGGUCGAGCACUUUGGCUGGAACAUAGGACCACACUGGGGUGGAGGGAGCAAGAGGAAGCUACAGAACGAAGCAGUGGUCAGGUCUGCUCAGGCCAUGCAGGCCAAGCAAGGAGAGUGGGUUUCAUUUGAAGAGCGGGGAGCAAGGAGUGACAUUAACGACUACUGACGUCGGUUAAAGCUGUCCCUUCCUGAUGAUUGGAGAAGAGAAAGGAGAGGGCAUGAGGGGCUUGGGAAGAAGAGGGAUGUCACUGGAGUGUUGAGAGGAGAGAGGUCCUUGGUAACUUCGGGGGAAAAGGAGGAGGAGGCAGAUUGGAGAGUUAGAGUCAGGAUAGAUGGGGAGUGAUGGAGAGAAUCUGGAUCACAGCAUUUGCGCUACAACUGUGCUAGGAAUAUCAUUGCCUUUGAUCAUGAUAAGAUAGUGUGAGAGAGGCACAAAUCUGGGAGACAGUGUUUAGGGGGAAAUUGAUAGACCUGGUUUGUGUAUGACAAGGUUGAGAAAAUGGCAUCAUUGGGAGAGACGCUAAAUGGGUCCUGCACCUUGACCCAUCACCCUACCAUUUCCAGGGUAAACUGACCCUAAACCCAUCAGGUCAUGAGAACAAGGCAUUCUAAGUUGGGUCAGAUCUGCCUCCCCACCUCCUGGGAAGGAUCGUCCCCCACUCUCCACCUUGAAGAGGCCCCUGGUCAUCACUGUGAACCCAAAAGAGACACGAACUGCCAGCACCUUUGGGGAGACUGCCCUCUUGUUAUAUGACCACCCUCUCUGCCAUUGGAUAGAGAGGAGGGAUCAGUCUCAGCCUCACAUGCUCCCCAACUUCCCAUCAGCAUCUUCACCCUCUGAACCCUUUCUCAAUAUUCUGUCCUGAAUCUCACAGUGGAGUGGACUUUCAAAGAAGAGUAAAAAGUGAAGUACUGGAGGGUUGAUAACGGCUGCUCCACCAUAUGUUGGGGAACAAGGAAGCACACAAGGAAGGAAGCCGCAGCCUGAGGGGUUUGUGCCCUGGUUAGGAACCCAGAACCAAGCGAGGACCUCUGAAAGUGUUUGAGGUCACAGUGCCAACUUGUGUGACCAGAGGAAAAGCUGGGGUCCCACGGGGGCAGAGCUCUCCAUGGGUGCCUGGAGCUGCAGGUUGAGGGGGUCAAAGUACCUCUUUGGUCACCACCAAGGCCAGAGAGGAGGGAGGGGUCUGGCCUCCGCUCCCAGGAUUGUACAUCCUGACCACAAGGAAGUGACGUAUCACAGAGGCGAGGACACCUGCUGAGGAGGAAAUGUGCCCGCUUGGCUCCGCUGGGUGGGAGCGUGUGUGAAACAGUGAGAGAGGAGGAGCAGCGCAGAACUGCUGUGCAGAGGAGCAGCGGCUGCAACCGAGUCCAGGACCUGGCCCUGGCCCUGUCCAGUCACCGGGACUGGGAGAAGCCAGGGGCACCGGGUCUGGGGGCUCUGCACAGCCCAUGCAGAUUCUCUCCCUGAGCUUCCUGCACCCUGACCGGCUCCAACAUCAGACCUGACUCAGGGCCGGACAAGGAAGCAGAGGGGCCCGGAAAUGCAGAAGUGGUAACACAGAGAUUAGAUCCUCUGUGAGGAGGCUCAACCCAGUCCCCACCAAGGGCCUUGCGCUGCUGCAGGUGACAUUUGUGCUGGAGAAAUGACCCUGAAGGACCAGGCCGCGCGGCUGCCUUCAGCUCUGCUCUUUCUUCUUGUCCCAGGCUCUCUGUCUCUGAGUGGUCCCAGAACCGUGACCGGCACCAUCGGGGGAUCCCUGAGUGUGCAGUGUCGGUAUGACGAGGAAUACAGAGAACAUAAAAAAUACUGGUGCCAAAACUCAAAGUGGCCACCGUGGAGGAGGAAGAUUGUGGAGACCACAGAGUCAGAGAGAGAAGCGAGCCGUGGCCGCGUGUCCAUCAGGGACCACCCCGCAAACCUCACCUUCACCGUGACCUUGGAGAGCCUCACAGAGGCUGACACAGGAACUUACUGCUGUGGGAUCGAUACACGGUGGUCUGGAGGAGUUUUACGUGACUCCACCUUCCAGGUUGAGGUGUCUGUGUUGCCAGCAGCCCCCACCCCGAAGAUCUUCACAAGCACCCCAGGUCCUCCCACGACCCUGCCAGCAACCACCAGGUCCAGCACAACAAGGCAAGAAACUGCAGAUCCCAGCCAACACCAUCGGUCCCUGCUCAGCAGCGUCCGCUUCCUGCUGCUGGUCUUCCUGGAGGUGCCCCUGCUCCUGAGCAUGCUCAGUGCUGUCCUCUGGGUGAACAGACCUCUGAGGGGCUGUGGGCAGAGGCGGAGUCAGCCUGAUUGUGAGAACCAGUAGCACCUGUUGGGUAUCGACGCCCCGCCCAGGAACACAGCCUCUGUGGUGGAUGGGAAUGACCUUCAGACCAGUAAAUCCAGUGUCAUUGUCCACGUUUCUGUGAGAACACCAUGAUUAUGUGAACUUUUUUGAAACUUUUUUCUUGCAAUGUAUCAUACACACAAAAGAACGUACCUAAUAAAUGCAUACUCUUUCAACCAGGAAGACCCUUCAAUACUUGCAUGCCCACCUUACUACAGCUUAAAUAAUAAACAUCAUUAAUUCUGAAGUCCAAAGCUCCUCCUCUGAGGGAGCCAACUCUGAAUUUUACAUUCAUCAUCUUCUCGUUUUCAUCACAGUUUUGCCAUAGUAUUUCCAGAGUAUGUACAUAUACGUAUUUUUUUUUAAUAAAUUGUGACUGUGGGGUUUUUUUAGAUUUUAUUUUUCCUUCUUCUCUGCAAAGCCCCCCAGUACAUAGUUGUAUAUUUUAGUUGUGGGUCCUUCUACUUGUGGCAUGAGGGACGCCACCUCAGCAUGGCUUGAUGAGCGGUGCUAAGUCCGAGCCCAGGAUCUGAACCAGCAAACCCUGGGCUGCCGAAGCAGAGCGCGUGAACUUAACCACUCGGUCAUGGCCCCUAUACAUAUGGUUUUAACAAUACCCAUGAUUACUUUAUUUUUAUUUUCUUUCAGUUUUAUUUAAAUAUAACUAACAUACAGCAUUGUGUAAGUUUAAGGUGCACAAUGUGUGGAUUUGAUACCACGAUGCGUUAGCUAACAUCUCCAUCAUGUCACAUAGUUACGACUUCUUUUUGGUGGUGAGAACAUUCACUCUGGAACCUGUGUCCUGGUGCACAUGUUCAAAACUUUUUUGUAGAGUCUAGUUCUAGGAGAGAAAUUGCUAACUUUCACUGCAUGUGUUUAAUCGGCUCUACCAGGCAGUUCCAAACUAUUUUCCGAAGAUCCUGGACCAGUUUGCACCCUCGUCAGCAGUCCCACUGCUCUGAAUCCCAGAUGUCUGAAAUUUUGCCAAGUUAAUGGGUGUGAAAUGAUAUCUCGUUGUUUUAAUUUGAAUUUCUCUGACUACUAAUGAGAUUAAAACUCUUUUUUGCUUUUA